CACGAGUCCCUUAUCCACCAAAUUAACAGCGCGGCCUCGCCCGCUCCAUCGAUCCGCUGAUCGCCUGAUCCUUGCCAUGGCGGCUUCCUUCGACGACCUCGCCCGCAGGAUAGGCGCCUACUUCCCGCUACCACCGCCCGCGCCAUCACCGAAGGACCAGCUCUCCGGCGUCGCCGCCGCCGUCCUCAGCGCUGGCGGCCGCCUCGGCCGCGCCGUCGGCGACGUCUUCCGCCGCCUCCGCAUCGAAGACGGCCCCGACGACGUCGCCUACCCGCAGAAGCUCCAUCGGCGGCGGAUCUCCUCCUCCGCCGCCGCCGCUGCCGAAGACGACGCAGUACUAGGGACCGGCGGCGGCGGCCGAGAUCGCGUCUCCGGAUCCGGGCGGUUCGAAUUCGAUGCCGCGCGGUCGGCGCAGGGGAGCGUGAGCGUGGGGGCGGCGUUCGACAGCAGGGCGGGCGGCGUGGAGAGCUCCGUGUCCGCGCGCGGCGACCUGUGGCGCGCCGAGGCCUCGCACAGAGGCGGCGGCGGCGGCAAUGGCGAUGGCGGCGGAGCGCCGCUGUUCUUGGUGCAGCUUGGGCCCGUGCUCUUCCUCAGGGACACCACGCUGCUGUUCCCCGUCCACCUGUCCAAGCGACAUCUCGUAUGGUACGGCUUCGAGCGCAAGAACGGGGUGCAUUCGGUGUGCCCGGCUUACUGGUCAGCGCAACGGAGAUGCUUCUUCAUGUCGAUGAUCUGCCUCAAUCCAUUUUCUUGCUCGUUCAUGGACAUGCAAUUUCCAAACGGGCAACUGAGAUAUGUUUCCGGAGACGGGUUGGCCGCGCGCGGCUUUCUUCCUUUCCGUGGCGGCGGCGUCCUCCAGGCCCAUGGGAAAUUCCCAGGGGAGAAGAGGCUCAUCUUCUCCUACAAGAACAGCAGCGGGGGCAGCAUCAUCCCAGCCGUCCAGUGGCCAGACAAGUCCCUCUCGCUGGGGCUAGUCCAGGUGCUCUCCUGGAAGAGGUGUGGCCUCAUGGAGCAGCCAAUCCUUCAGUUCAGCAUAUGCCCCACCUUUGGCGGGAGCCGCCCUGGGGUGUCCAUGGAGCUCGUCCAUUCGGUAAGUGAGAAGGCCAGUGUUGCCUGUGGCUACUCUCGCACCGCUUCCCCUUCCGCCUACGCUUCCAUAUCGAUUGGAAGAUCGAAGCUGAAUGGCGGCGUGACGACCUCAGGGGUUUUGUUCAGAGUAGACACCCCGCUACAUAGUUUUGGCCGGCCAUGGUUCUCGAUUCAAAUGAAUAGUGGGAUCGAGUUUUGAAGCUCUGAUUCUUGAGCUGCUCUGAUUUGUUGCGAAAGAAAAGUAUAAACGGACAUCACGCUCGAAAAUACAUGUACAUUCAAAGUUGUGUAUAUAAAAAGGCUUGACAAGGACUCUUUCUCUAUA